AUGGACUUUGCACACCGGCCACCAGUAACGAGUGCAUUGGUGAUUCUACUUGGUGCAGUUUCGGCUAGCGUGAAUCUCAAUUUGCUUUCUGAACGGCAUGUGGUCUUCCAGAUGUCCCGCAUACUGAGCGGAGACGCUUGGCGGCUCGGGUCGCUGUUUUAUUGCGGAGGACUGAUUAUCUUCAUAGUGACGUUGCCGGAUGUGCUGUCGUCGAGCUCGUGGCUCGAGACAAUGUACUAUCGGAACUCCAGAUCGUACUUGCUAGUGCUCUGCGUGCUGGGCAUUGUGUCCAUGAUGGCCUGCUCGGUGUCCGGCUACCCGUUUGCCUCGCAGCCGUUCCUUUUAGCCCUAAACUACUUGGAGUUCAGGCAAAAUUACCGCGGGCACAUGGUCAUGCUCUACCAGACGCUUUUCCGCCUGCUGUUUUCGUCGCUCACCAUGUUCGACCGGACCUACUUUGGCGCCAACGCCAUUGCAUUGCUAGCCACCCAUUUGAUCUACUACAUCCAGGACGUACUGCCACGAACAAGUGGCGUUGAUUUAUUGAAGCGUUUAAAAAGGUAG